AUCCAACUCGCAUUGGUGGCCCCUUUUUGGCCUUUCUACUCGACCACUUUUCUUUACUCCUUUCUUUAUAUUCCUCCAAGGCGCUGUCAGUGGGAAUGUACAAACUCCCUGCAAACCCGUCUGCAGCAGAGCAGCGGCGUAAACCCGAGACCUUCAGUGUAAAGCAAGUGCUCUGGUAUUUCCCGUGUGAAGCGGCGUUAGCUGCCUGCGGGGAGCGGCCUAAACCUGAGCGCCGCAUCGUAACCGGGGUCCGGGCCGAUGGAGGCGCGGCAGCGGCGGGCCCUGCGGCGGCUGCGGGGUGAGCUGGCGGAGCAGCUGCGGCUGGAGGUGCCGCUACAGUACCUGUACCAGGAGGGGGUGGUGAACCGCAGUCUGCUGGAGGAGCUGGAGGCCGAGCCCGUGGCCGCCCGCCGCAACCUCAAGCUGCUCGACUACCUGCCGGGCCGCGGGCCGCGGGCCUUCGCUGCCUUCGUCCACUCCCUCAGGGAUGAGGCCCCGUGGCUCAGCCGCCGGCUGGAGGAGGAGGAGGCGCGGGAGGACGAGGACGACGAGCCGCCGGCAGAUGAUGUGCUGUCAACCAUCUCGGACCAUGUCUUGAAUUGCGUGCCCACCGACAAGCAGUUAAAUCAUCUCUCUGGCCAAAUGGGAACAGAAUGGGAGCAGGUUGUGAUGGACCUGGGACUGAGGAGUUCAGACGUCUACCGAUGUAAAAUGAACCACCAGUACAACGUGCAGGCACAGAUCUUGGCAUCAUUUAUCGUGUGGAAGCAACGGCUGGGAAAACAAGCUACAUUGCGGAACCUGUGUACCAGUCUUACUUCAGCAGAUGUGGACCCCACAGUAAUAAAGGAUGCAUUUCAGUAAACAGUCGGGGCU